AUGGAUUCGCCGGACGCCAAGCGGCAACGCGUGGACUCUACUACAUCAUACAAUCUGCGAUGCCGCACCCUGGUCACCACCAGUAGUAUCGACCCACCUGACGCCAAGCAUCAGAAGCUGGACACGGCUGCGUCACAGAGCAGCACGUCGACGGUCAGCCCCCCCAUCGUUGCCACGGAUUCAAGGAGCGUCACCUUUCAUGUGACGUUUACAGCCGGCCCCACGGAAACCAAUGAGGACCGGCUGUUUGCCGGUGCACAGAGCCGCUACGGCAGCUUCGUCGCGGGUGUAAAUACUGCCGGCCAGGGGAUCGUAAUCAUGCAGAUCGACAAUGUUAUCCUCGGCAGCCUGGAAGCCAGCCACGCGUUCGGCCGCCGCAUCACGUUCGCUAACGUGGAUUCAGCUUCCCUGCCGCCUUACAUCACUUCUCGGUUCGCUGGGGUCACUGUGGGGCAGUUUAAAGUCUCCUCGGCAACACGAAUAUCCGUGGAGCCCUCCUCCGCUGUCCUGUUACUCUACAGCACCAGGCUUCGGUUCCCUGCAUACGACAUCGACAGUGACAAGGCCAGCCCCGAAGACAAGCACGCCUCAGAUGGCAGCACCCUCCUGCUCAUCCCGCACGGUGGGAUGUUCCGGGGCGGGCCGUUCCGCAAGUUCAAGGUGUGGGUCGCGUGCGGCAAUGGUGGACACGUGGAGCUCACCGUCAGGCAGUCCACUCCUGAUGACUUCAUCGCCCAGCUACAAGCAGCGGCUGACAGCAGUACGCCCCUUUAUGUCUAUAGUGCCAGGAUCAGCCCCUCCUCUAACAAAGCUUAUAUGAAUAGCGUCUUCCUCAGCAGCUCGCUCGUAGCGGCAGCGAGUGCCCCCGGCAAACACCCUCCCAAGCGAGUGCAGACCUUCCAGGCCGCUGUUCAGCGGACUACCGCAGCCACCGUACCCACCGACACAAAUGAUAUGGUAUUGGCUUGGGAGCAGUGUAGCCGCAGUGCUCUCGUUUUGCUAUCGGACGGUCCACACACCUCGGCCACCCUGUCACCCAACCCCACUUCUGUCACGGUGGUCGGAUCGCUACCGGUCCUCCCGCUCGUCCUCACGGUCGGCAGCCGCAGUUAUCUGGUGUGCACCGACAACAUCGCCGUCAUGCAACAGUUACCGAACUACGAUGACUUCUUCGGCAGCUUUGCAGACGAUAAUGAUUGUAUGGCCUAUGCUGCUUACGACUCCUUCACCGUUACCGCAAAUAGCUGUUCCAAGCCAACAGCGGCGUCCAUGUCACCGACAAGGCUCUAAACGUCUUAUCUGUUCUUAUGUUUAAUUAAGUUUAUGUAUGUUAUACUUUGCGCAACUUUGUAAUUUGACUUUGCUCUGAACAAGGUGCUGUAUACGUUGC